AUGGCGGAACUAGACCCGAAUGCGUGGUACCGCCUCUCGGAGACGCGCGUCGACAAUAGCACCGGACCCUUCACCCUCAACCUCAGCCUUCGAGAUGUUGGCCUGCGAGUCCAUCCCAUCGCCGACGACGCCGCCGCCGCCUGGCAGUUUCAACCAUUCGGCGACGUCAAAGGUCGCUAUCUCAUGCGUCUCGACCAGGCCGGUGUGAAGCAGCAGCUGGGGGUGUGCUACGAUGCAAAAGAGCCCGCUGUCGGCGCUACCGUGGCGUGCCUACAGGAGUCGUCCGUUGACGACUCUCAGAUCUGGGAGAUAACGACAUGGAAUGGAAAGCCCGAGGAAUACAAGUUUGUCAACGUCGCCAACGGGACCAGCUACGUGCUCGAUGUACACCCCAAGGCCAAUUUGUUUAUGAACAAGGACGUCGAGGGCUUGGCAGGCGUGACGGAGACGCAGCCUGCGCAGCACUGGGUCAUGUCGAGCGUCAGCGCCGUUAACGAUGGAGCUUACUCGACGAUUUACUCAGGCAACGUGGCGGUGAGCACGAACUCGGCGACACUCUCUGCUGCUUUGACGACCUCGACCGCGAGAACUACAUCUACCCCGACGACCCCGACCGCAUCCGCCGGCGCAGCGAGCACACCUACUGUUACCCCAAUGUCAACUUCUGUGGGCAUCUCUCCUGCCGCCGGGGCGGGGAUAGGCGUCGGGGUUGCGAUAGGGGUCGUGGGCUUGAUCGGAGCUAUCGCCUUCUUUUGGUGGCGCCGCCAACGACCUGCUACGGCCCAGUAUAGCGAAGUGGAGGCGAAGAACAGCGGUAGCCCCGGGAUGGGAUCUUCCUCAGCGACCGAGUCUCUGGCAGCCGAGUCUCCGGCAGGCGGGAGCUACGCACUGCCCUACGGGGUACAGCCCGCCGAUGCAAGCUAUCCCGGAUAUUCCGGAAGGUCUUCCGCGACCAUGAGUUACCCGGUUAGGGGUGGAGGAGGGUCACCAUCGACAAUGAGCUAUCCGGUCCCUGUUACCGCCUCGUCUCCGUCCGAGUCCCGCAGCCUCCGGUCGUGGCCGCAAAAUGUGUCGGUGAGCGGGCUCGCCGUGCCUGCGACGGUGCCUCGCCAUCAGUUCGACCACCCCAGCAUACACAACGAGUUUGCGCCAGCCGCGCCCAGCCCGUCAUUUGAAUCAAUAUCACGCUUUGGGUUCUCAACAAACGAUUCGUCACAAGCCAACUCUACAACAAACCUAAACGAUCCAGACCCGCUUCCGAGCGCACACGAGCUGGAAGUGGCCGUGCGGGAUGUACCUAGACGUCAGCAUGAACUCGGCGAUUUUCAUCAUGGGCCGGAAACCUUUGAUAUCAGUCCUGAGACGCAACCGGUACCGGCGUCCAUACCGGCCCCCCACGCCGAGCUGGGUGCCUUCCAGCAUGGUCCCGACACCUUUGCGCAGAGCCACGAAGCCAAGAUGCUCGGAGCCCCUACUGCGGAGCUCGGAGCGUACCACCACGGCCCUGAUACCUUCGAGGGUGGGCAUGAGGACAAAAUGCUUGGUGGCUUUUCUCCGGGGGCGGAGAAGUAUCAACGUGAACGGGAAGACAAGGUGUUGGGGAGCUUCCACGACCUGAUGAACAUGGCGCCCGCCGGACGAAGCGAUCGGCAAACCGGCCCAUCGGAUGCCGCCGGGUGGCAGGCAUAUGAGAUGCAGUCGAUUCGACCACGGUAA